AAGUCUUAAUACUACUGUACGGACCCAUAGCGAGGUUAAGAAAUGGGGUGCGCUUGCAGGCCCGUUUCAUUGAAUUUGCCAUGGCCAAGCUUCUUGUCACCGCCGCCGGCGAGGGUAAAGUCGUCUCCGUCGUCAUCAUGUUUGGCCAUGGCUUUUCAAGGUUGUUGCCUUCCUUUAAAGCGUUUCUUAUCUUCACCGAUUCGAGUUGUUAGAGGGAACAAUAAUCGAUGGCGCUCUCUGUCUCUUCCUCUCAUUAAUGUAGACAUUGAAUGUGGCGGUGGCGGUGGAGGUGGAAGAAAUGGAAACAAUAACAACAGUGGUGGUGGAGGUUGGCACGAUGAGGGCAGUGGCUGUUCUGGGUCUAAUCACAAUCACCGUCAUUUCCUCUUUUUAUCUAUCUUCUUCUGCUCGGCGGCGUGCUCGUUCUGCCAUUUUGGGUUGGCUUCAGCGCUGGCAAGAACUACCACGGCUCGUUCUUCUGACUUCGAAUCUGGGUUAGUCUGGGAAGUCAAGGGGGGCAAGUGGACCAUGCUUGUUCCCAAUGUUUAUGAGGAUUGUUUCGUUGUUGAGUCGGGACUAGGAUCACCUUCUUCAUUGCUGUCUUCUUUCUCGGCUGCCCAUUUGUGGAAUCAGUGUAGAGAGAUUGUUAUGCGUUUGAUGCUCCCAGAAGCUUUUCCUGAAAGCGUGACUAGUGAUUAUUUAGACUAUUCACUCUGGAGAGGAGUACAAGGCAUAGCUAGCCAAAUCAGUGGUGUACUUGCUACUCAGGCUUUGCUUUAUGCUGUUGGAUUGGGUAAAGGAGCUAUUCCUACUGCUGCAGCGAUCAAUUGGGUACUUAAAGAUGGAAUUGGGUAUCUCAGCAAGAUCAUGCUAUCAAAAUAUGGACGGCAUUUUGAUGUGAAUCCAAAAGGGUGGAGAUUGUUUGCAGAUUUUAUGGAAAAUGCUGCCUUUGGAUUGGAGAUGUUCACUCCUGCGUUUCCUCAUCUUUUUGUUGUAAUUGGGGCUGCUGCUGGGGCAGGGCGCUCGGCUGCUGCAUUGAUUCAGGCUGCCACAAGAAGUUGCUUCUAUGCUGGCUUUGCUGCUCAAAGAAACUUUGCCGAGGUGAUUGCAAAGGGUGAAGCUCAAGGAAUGGUGAGCAAGUCCAUUGGAAUUGGGCUUGGUAUAGGAUUGGCUAAUUGCAUAGGAUCCUCUACAUCACUUUCCCUUGUUUCAUUUUGUGUGGUGACGUUUGUCCACAUGUACUGCAAUCUGAAGUCAUAUCAGUGCAUCCAAAUAAGGACUUUAAAUCCUUACCGUGCAAGUUUAGUUUUCAGUGAAUAUCUCCUUAGUGGACAAGCACCUCCACUGAAAGAGGUCAACGAUGAGGAACCACUUUUUCCAGCUCUACCUUUUCUAAAUGUGAAACCUGUAAACAAAGACCCACCAACCGUACUAUCUUCUGAAGCAAUGGUUGCAGCUGCUGAAAUUGAGAAUCGAUUGCAGCUUGGAUCUAAGCUCAGUGAUGUCGUCAAAAACAAGGAGGAUGCGCUUGCACUGUUCAGUCUGUAUGAAAAUGAGGGAUACAUUUUAACAGAACACAAUGGAAGAUACUGUGUGGUGCUUAAAGAAACCUGCUCCCAACAUGACAUGCUAAAGGCAUUGUUUCAUGUCAAUUAUCUCUACUGGCUGGAAACAAAUGCAGGGAUCGAAGCAAGAAGUGCUUCAGUGGACUGCAAACCAGGAGGGAGGCUGCAAAUGUCUCUAGAAUAUGUGGAAAGGGAGUUCAACCAUGUCAAAAACGACGGAGAAUCAGUGGGCUGGGCCACAGAUGGGCUGGUAGCAAGGCCUUCGCCUAAUAGGAUCCGUCCAGUUUAUGUGGCAUCUACAAAUUCCUAGCCGAUAGUGAUAGAGGAGCAAAGGAUGGUUCAUGAAAAAGGAAGCUUUGAGAAAACGAAAUCAAGUAUUGGAUUCUUCUAACCCAUUAAACAUUUUGCCAAAGACAAUACUGUACAGGUUUUGGAUCAGGAAAAGACAACCAUACAAGUCUGAGGCUACUCAACUGCACCAUAAAACUCAAAAUUGGUCGAACUUUUUAUUUUAUUUUUUCAGGUAUUGAAUGGUAUGACCUAGAGGUGGAGGUAGGAAGGGAAGUAAGAUUAGGAAGCAGAGGCGAUUGAACAUGUGAUAUUGCCGUGUUGGGGCAAUAUUAUGGGGUAGGCGCAUAUUAGUAGAUUGAUACACAGAUACAAGAUCAACUUGGAUUUGUUGGAUAUGUGUCUUAGUGUAUGAGCUUAAAGGAUUAGGGUUUCUUUUUUUUGUAGCUUCUUAUCAAUGGCGUGUUUUUCUUUUGUUACUGAAAGUGAAAAGGUUUCACCAAAUGUGAGAAUGCUAUUAUGUUAGUCGGUUUGGCGGUUCCAGUUCCUCUAGGCACCUGUGUAGUUUUAUUUUAUGUUCCUCAAAUAUUAUAGGGUAAGACAGGGAAUUCCAAUUUCAAAUUUGGGCUGAUUAAGCGAGUUUGGUA